AAACCCCUGCAGGGGUUUAGCACGAAGGAGCACUGUCAGAAUGGCAUGGAUGACAGGUGCACAGCUCGAUCCGACUCGAUCGAGCUCACGCAUAUCCCUUUCGGCAAAUGUUUAACGAGGAUGUCGUGAUCGUCUCGUUGCGGACACGGUUUGUACGAUCGAGAGUCUGCCAGAAAUUCAAGUGAUUGUUCGCUUCAAGGAUAAAGCAGGAUGGCGAAGGGUGAUGAUGCGAUUGCGAAGAAUCGCAAUAAAGCCAUCCGAAAGCGAAAUCGGAGAGUUGGUGCAGAUUCCAUUGAAGCAAUUCAAGGUGUUCAGGCUGCUAAGCGCCGUCGUAAAGCAGGGACCCGUCGAGCUUGUGAGGGAAUGUGUUACACGCUUCCUACUCCUGAUGAUCCUUUCCUCGACCGGCGUGAUCGAAAACUUCAAAUGGACAAGAAGAGAGAAGCUGCCAGAAAAGCAGCAUCGUUAGAGCCGGUUUCAUUUGUAGAAAAGAUAGGCUAUAAUGGAAAAGAAUAUCAAGGUGGGGAAGAUGCUGGUGAUUCCGAUGGCGACGUAAAUGCUGGCUACGAUAAGCAGCUGAAAAGGAAGAGAGGCAAAGAGGCUCCUGCAGACGCGGAUGAAGCUGUUUUUCCUUCAAAGAAGAGGAAGGUGGACUCGAAUGGUGUUGGCAAGCAGAAACUAGUUGGAAACGGCCACAUGUCACUCAUAGAUUCCAGUGUAUCAAAUGGUGGAAUCCAGCUAUCUGUCAAGUCGGUAGAUCAGGAACCGACUGGUAUCAGACGGACUUCAGAGGGCGAAGAUAUCAAGGGAGAAGUUACGGAUGAAAUGGUAUUAGCUGUACUCUCAGAGACAGGACUUGUGGGCCCUGACAAGUCUGGGUCUAUUAAAGGAUCGAAAUCUGGGAGCAAGUUUGGAAAUCAGGUGGUAGAACAAUUUUGGAAAGCUUAUAGUCGCGGCGUAGACGUUUUAGCCACCUGCUCUUGCAGCUUGGAGGACCGGGCGCUUGGGUUAGUUGCUCCAUCAGCUGCGCAUGUGAAAGAGCAUCGUGUCAAGCACGGCGCACUUCACCAACCUCUUGUGCUCAUCCUUGUCCCGUCCCAAGAUCAGGCCUUGCGGGUGAGGAGUGUGCUUCGACCAUUGAAAAAAGCUCUUGGUAUCACAUCUGUGUGUCUGCAUAGUGGAACUAGCCUGGAGCGACAGACUGACGGAUUGAAAUCACUUUCACCCGACGUUCUGGUUGCCACACCCGACCGGCUAUGCGAGUUACUUUCAGUACACGCCAUCAAACUUUCAAGUAUAUCUCUACUAGUUGUUGAUGAAUUGUCGGAAAUCAUUGAGGGAGGCCUUCAAAGUCAAGUUAGUAAAAUCAAAGAGUACGUGAGUCGAGGUGCACGCAAGAUUGUCCUUAGCAAGGAUUAUCCAGAAAGAGCGGUAAUAAUCGCACGGCAGUUGGUCGCGGACCCGAUAGCCAGAGUUACCUCAAAUAAAAGUCUCGAAAGCUCUAGUGCUUGUAUAACUCAAAUUGUGUCAGUGUUCACCAAUGUGAACAAAAGAAUGAGCAAGAUGCUGAAAAUAUUACAACAAUUCUGGGAUAAGCAGGAGAAGAAAAGAAACUGGGGAAUUUUGAUAGUGGUCGAAAGUGAGGAAACCAUUCAAGGCGUUCUUCCUGAAUUGAAGAAAAUAGGAUAUUCUUCUGCAAGUCUAUCAAACUCUGCGAAGCAGAAUAUUGAUGCAACUGUGAAACAAAUUAGAGACGGAACUGUCCAGGCGCUUGUCUCUACUGCAGAGUUUAUCGACCAUAUUCCUCUGGAGAACAUGAUGCUUGUCAUCAACUACGGCUUUCCACAGAGCAUGAAAGUCUAUGAGCAAAUUUUGACAGGAAUGGCUAGGGAAUAUGUGGAUGGAGUGCUUCACACUUUCUGUACUGCAUCUAUGGCCUCGUCAGCAGCUCAGCUAGUACAGGUCCUCAAAAUGUGCUUGCAAGAAGUUCCCCUUGCAUUGAACAUGCUAGCAGAAGCUGCCUCUCUUGUGCAACUUGGUCUUGCAAAGUGAGUGGUUUCAUAUCUCAAAUCUGUUCUUUGAUAAAGGAGGGACAUUGGACAGGCUUUCAUGAAGCUAAGAUUAUACCUGUACCUUCUGACGUUGGAUGCCGGGCCAGUUACUUUUCCAAGUUCAUCGUCAGUCACUACCCUCCUUAUGGUACCAUCCGAAAGCUGGCAUGAUAUCAAGUUCUCCUGAGGAGUGGCAAUGGAUAAGCUGUGGCAGUUCAUGUCGCCUUCUUUUUGCUGCAAACAGGACGGUAUAUCACCUCGAAGAUGCCCAAUGAUCCUGUGGAAAGAUGGCAUCGUAUUAAGCACUGCAUGACCAUGUCUUCCUACUUUCAUAGUGAGAAUCUUGCCGUUCGUUGAUGCUACAAAUCUCUCUCGACGUCCAUCAGACAGGACUAUCAACGAACGUCGUGAGGGACGUCACUGUGACGGAAACUGAUCUGCCGAUGCUCCUGAAUUGUCCUGCAAUUACAGUCGACAUUCUACGUCCAGCAGUUGGCCAUUAUUGUCCUCAGUACUAGUGCAGCACAUAAUCUUGUCUUUGAAGGAUUUGCACUACGUGUUGGGCUGACUAUUUGAAGCAAGGUUCUAUGAGAACGACGUGUGCUUGCUUCAAUGAUGGAGAGCCUUUAUUCCCUUGCUGGGUCAGGCUUCAUUUUCGUGCCUGGUAGGAACUGCUUAAGUAUUCUUUUACUCAUGUCACCUUUCUCAUCCUUUUUCGCAUAUGAAGGGCCGCAGCUGUCUACUGGGAUAUGAGAUCUUAUAUCUCCCCAAUGUGCCUAUAUCUUCUCCCUCAUGUAUUCAGGCGAUUCCAUUUUUUUUUACUAGAAGUUUGCUGGUGGUGUCGUCAUGCUCACACCGUACGAAGCUCUGAAUUGUUCGCAACUACAUUGCAGGCAGAAGAUUAUCUGAUUGUAAUCUGAUAAUACAAGUAGGUCGGUAGUGCGUUGUCUUAGUCCCUACUUCAUUCCAAAUUGGAGAAGAUGGUAAUCAGUAAUCAGGAUGGGUUGAAACAACUUCUGGCUGUAGGCUUGCAGUCUCCAUUGCAUAAAUUAUGCAAAGAAUAAUUUGGACUUUCAAUUCAAUUCCUGGUACAGUUCUACACACGCAGAUGUCUAGUUAGAAUCCAGUAUGCCUCCAGAGAUGUGGUUGCCACGUACAAUGGUGUACAACGUC